AUGCCCGUCCUAUACUAUCGCCCCGACGGCGACCAACGCGGCGUAACGAUAACACUCACGUCCCACACCUGGGGCAAGCUCGGCGCAAAACCCGCCUGUCUCCUCCGCUUCCAAUUCGACAUCCAGUACGGGCGCGACCAGCGCUUCAUGGAAGCAGCGCUCACCCUCUUCUUCACUUCUUCUGCCUCCCACGCCGAUCCUGAAAUCACAGACUACGGCCCCGUCCACGUCGAAUCCAACCCCACUUCCGAAGAGCAUGUUAAUAAAAGUACCGGGCAGGUUGCGGUGAGCAUGCCGAUGGUGGAGGGCGUGGAGACAAGUGUCGGCGCGGAGAGGCAGAGUAGUUGGACGCAGUUGCAUAGUGGGAAGAUGCAGGGACAUCGCGGAUUGCAGAAGGGGAGUCAGGUGCUGAAUAAGUUGAGUUGGCAGAUGGAGGAGGAUGGGAGGGCGAAGUCGGGGGUGUUUAAGAUUAGUAGGGCGGCGGCGGUGGUGUUGAGUGAGGGUGAUUUUGUGGUCAGUGCGGAGAAGCCGUGGACAACCCCUAUGGGCUGGAGCUGGACACCGCACAACAAGAAGCUCAAGGUCAAGAAUCCCGUGACCAUUAAGUUCGAAGAGGGCACACAGAAUUUCGAGGAUCUGACCGGCGAUGACUGGAACAACAUGGUGCUCCUUGGGAACGGUCCGCGGUUAUUGGGCACUCAGAGUACGCCAUCACUUGCGGCUACGCCGUCCCAGACACCAACAACAGAUGCGGCCACACCUGCACCAGCAGAGCCAUCCUCACCUACCUUGCCACCCUUCAAGUGGAGUGACAAACAUGGACGCUGGUAUUAUCAGAAUGGCAGUAAUUAUGUGUGGGUGCAGGGGCCGUGGGGUCAGGAGAAGAAUGCGAGUCUUUCGUGGCAGAAGCAUCCAGACGGUGUGGAAAAGUAUUAUGAUGGGGGAGAAUGGUUAGCGUUCUUGGAGUAA